AUGGCAUCCUUUCUGCCGCAUAUCGCAGCGACAGAUGUGCGGGCACACAGCUUCGCAAGGAUCGCUCCCAAUGCGGUUUCAACGCACACAAGAAAACCGAGGUUUAUUCGAGCCGAAGAUUGCAGGCACGGGAUGUUCAAUGUGACUCUUCUUUGUGGUGCAGCCAGGCUUUGGCCAGAACGGAAGAUGUUUUCGCGCAGUCGGCGCGUGCUGUCGGAAACCUUCGACGAGCAUGCAGCUGCCGUAAGAUCAUGGUUGGACAAGCUUGUCAUUGGCAUGAACUUUUGUCCAUGGGCCGGAAAAACCGACGAGUCCGGUGGCAUCAGAGUAGUUACCAGCCUGGGAUCCGCCCCUUCAGAGGUGUUGGAGGACCUCCAAAGAGAGGCUUCGGCACUGCCAUGCGAGCCGGAUGCUCGACCGGGUGCAGCAACGACAAGCCUCGAAUUUGAACCCUUUGCGGAAUUCUUCGGUGAAACCCUGAAGAACGGGGUGGCAUUCGAAGAAGACCUGGGUGUCAAGCUGGUGGCAUUCCAUCCGCAGUUUCAGCACCAGCCGUUGUUUGGCAGCGUGCUUGAGAUGGAUGAUAUCUUGUCUCUACCGCUCGAUGGAGCCUUGCAGAAGGCCACGGUGCUGGAUCCAGAUGCAGGGCACAACGAAAACGGCGAGGACAUGUUUCUUGUCCAACUGGAAGAUGGGUCCGAGAAGCUUAUGGCUUACACGUACCUGGCGGAGCUUCUGCAAGAGGGAGAGGGAGACGAAGGUGAAGAGGAGGUCGACGAGGAGUUUGGUGAACAGCUUGAAGAUCUUGAAGCAGAAAGCGAAGAUUCCACUGAGUCGGAUGCUGCUUUAGCAAGCAUCCCGCAGCGCGCGCCGCGACCAACAUUUCACUUGCUGCGGCUGUGUGACGUGUCUGCAGCGCUUGCAGACCCUUCAGCCGGAGAUCAAGUUUUGGAACAAAAUGUAAGUACGGUGCAGAAGCUGGGCAUUGACGGCUGGCAGCACAUGAUGGCAGAAUGGCAAUGGCCAUGUGAAGAGCCCAGUGCAGGUAUGAAAACCAAGUCCGGAUCUGUGAGCAUCUUGCAUCAUGUCUUCACCCAAUUCGCACAGAACUCAUCAGGUAGCUAUACCUUCCGCAACGGUCUGAGCAGUCUCAUUGACACCCUGGAGGAGUCCCUGCAGCGCCCUGCGCCUGGCACGCGCCCGGCUGAAAUUCGGCUUCGGUCCGCUGUGCAGCGGCUGGAAGAACCUGGAGCCAAUUCCAAGACUGUCCAUGUUUGCCUGGGAGAUGGUAGCCACGUUGAUGCAGACUGCGUCAUCGCAGCCAUUCCCCCGCCCCUGCUUGGAGGGCUGCUACAGAGAAGUCUUAAAGCUGGCAGCUCUCCGGAUAGCACUGUUUGGAGACCGCUCACGGGCAUCCAGCACAAGUCAGUGGCGGUGGUGAACGUCUGCUUUGACAAGGAUGUCUUGAAGGAACGCCGCUUGCGAGGUGCUGGCUACUUCAUCGGCUCUUGCGAGAACCAAGGGUCGAUGCUUGCCAUGUCCUGGGACUCCCAACUGUUUCCAGAGCAAGGAGCAAGCUCUGGGUCCCAGAUGACGCUGUAUUUCGAUGGUCAUCUUGCAGAAGAGGCAGGGCCAGGCUUUUCAGAAGAAACUAUGGCCGAAAGUGCCCUGGAAGCCGUGAAGAAGCAUUUAGGGAUUCAGGAACAGCCAUCACACGUUAGUGUGAAGCUCUGGCAAGAAGCGCUUCCUCAAUACAGGGUCGGCCACCAUCUGCUUUUGCAGGACUUCCAUGCAGCACGUCGAAGCCACCUACCAUGGCUUCAGGUCUGUGGCCCCGGGUAUUUCGGGACGCGCAACGUUGCCGAUGAGGUCGUCGACGCCCGCGAGUUGACAGAUACGAUCGUCCGGCGCUUCAUGCGUUUCCCCCAUCUCAUCGAGAACGAGCUGGAAGAGGACACUUCUAGACGAUCUGGGCGAAUCUGA